AUGACCGAAAGGGCUAAGCUGAUCUCAGCAUUCACUUGCCCAUUUGGGCAUUUCCAAUGGGGAUUCGUGCGGCUAUCACCCGAAGAGGAAGCACUUGUGGAUCAGGACGUGUUAGACUACCUGAGGUUGAACUCUCAGGUGCCAGGUGACAAAAUGGAUGUGGAACGCAUGACACCGUUAGUGGAGCAAAUGACGGUUUUCAGGAGCAACAUCCCCACGCCAUCCCAAAUGGGGCGAGGCUUGGGGCGCAGUUCGUAUAUUGACGACAUCGUGCAUGGAGGUGCCCCGUGGAAUCAACUAUGCGGCGACCUGGAUGCGCUGCUCUAUCGGUUACGUUACUGGGGUAUCUCAGUUAGUUUGCCGAAAAGCGAAUUCGGGAAGCGUGUCAUACCGUACCUUUCUCACGAAAUCGGUGCUGAAGGAAUACGUGCUAUCCCGAAAAUCGUAAAAGCCAUUCAGGAGCUGCCCUUUCCGUCUUUCCUGAAAGGAGUCCAGUCAUUCCUAGGCAGUCUGAAUUACUACCACAAAUUCAUCGAAGACUAUGCCGAGGUAGCUGCGCCACUCUAUGAGUUGACAGAAGAUCAAGUGCGUGCAGGACGAGACCUAUCUCGAGCGAAGGAAACUUUCGAGACCCUGAAAAGGAAGAUUACCGCCUGUGCAGUUCUCGGACAAAUACAUGACGGACUUGGUCAAUCUGUCCGAUUCACGGGGCGCGUCCUGAAUGACGCCGAGCUCAAGUAUCAUAUUGCUGAGAAGGCAGUUCUGGCUGUAAUGCGGGUUCUCCAUGUAUUCAAGCACCUGAUCGAAUGUUGCCCUUUGGUAACCUACACCCGACGUUCAGUGUUGAAGUGGGUCAUUAAUUCCAAGACUGCCGAAAGCCGUCUGGUGCCAUGGGGCUUUGCUCUCUCACAGUAUGACCGGGAAAUCCGGAAGGUUUGUCGAGAUGAGGAUGGUUUAGCCGCCAUUAUGGGUACAGGCAUUACUCCCAGGGAGCAAUUGGACGAAGUUGCCGCAGUACUCAUUCCAGCCAAGGGGCGCGUUAAACUACCUCCAGUCUAUUCCGGAGUAGUCCUGAGUUUCGAUGGUGCGGCCAAAACUUCCACGAGGAAGGGCAGUUGUGGAUGCAUUCUGUGGCAGCUACCUGAAUGGAAGGUUUUGGAUGCUCGAGAAUACAUCCUCGAUGGAGUCACCGUCAACGACGCAGCGUAUUUUGGACUGCUUAAGGGGCUUGUAAUGGCUUUGGGAAGGGGAAUUCAGGAUAUCGUGGGUGACUCGAGAAUUGUGAUUCAACAAGUCCAAGGCCUGAUUAAUUGUAAUCAGCCUAACCUACAAAGGAUACUAGCUGAAUACGAAACCCUGAAGAGACGUUUCCAGACGGUCCGAUUAGUACACAUGAAGCGUGAGUUCAACCAGGCCACUGAUUACCUGGUGUCGAAGACCCUUGUCCAAGGUGAGGCCUGGACUGUUCAGGAUGAUCUCGAGAAACGACACGUGGAAGUAGUGUCUAAGAUUCACGAGCAGUUGGUGAAACCGUCGGAAGGCACCGACACUCAAGUUCGCAGUGGAGAUCCCAUACAAGAUUCUGGUAAAGAAGAUGGCAAUUCGGGAAUGAGAUACGGUCCUGGCCCCGAGUGUGCCCCUCUCUCUUCUGCCGCCCGAGUCAUGACGGUACUCACGAGAUCGCGAGCUCAAGAAGCUGACGGGAACAAAAUUCCGCCGAUGGGGACACUAGAAUUUCAGGCUGAACGCUGGAGACGGAUCAGGGUGCAUCAAGAGGAUGAUGAGUAUCUAGCAGAGCUCAGGGCAUUCCUCAAUGAUGACCUUGACAAAUUCUCACCCUCACGUCUCAAGAAGAUCAGUAAGGCCGCAGACCGGUUCGUUCUGGAUGACCGAGGAAUAUUGUAUAGACUCCCACACUCUCUUCGCGGAAGGCCACAAGAUGCCGUGGAUAAUCUGAGACUGGUAGUCCCGAGUUUACUUCGAGCAGAUAUGUUGCAUGAAGAAUAUCAAGGUGGACACCAAGGAAUCACCAGGACUCAUGAGAGGCUACGUACCGAAUUCUACUGGCCCGGUACGUACGCGGAUGUCCAACGCUUCGUGAAGGAGUGUGUAUAUUGUGCCAGCGGGAAAGGAGAUCCCCCGAAUGCUGGACCCUCCCCAGAGGAUAUUGAACCAAGAUGUCCAUUUGAGACAGUCUCUAUGGAUUUCGUGACUCACAUGCCCGAGGGAACACUUUCCUCUUGCUAUUUGAGGACAUGUUGUCGGGUUACGUGA